GCAGGAAGGGCGAGCAAGGGGCCUCCAGAGCAGGAGGGGAGCCUUGCCUGCCUGGAGAGCACUGCCUUUUCUUCUGGAGGGAAAGGGCCUCCUGUCCUUGAAAGCAAGUCUCCUUCCCAAACUCUCCAUGAAACAUAAUAAGCGUAACCCCCGUGCAGAACUCCCUCUUACUUCCAGACCUGUAUCAAAAUGUGCUGUGGAAAGUGGUAAAAAUAAUGGCUUCCAACACAGAGCGCACUUUCAUUGCUGUCAAGCCUGAUGGAGUCCAGCGGGGUUUAGUAGGUGAAAUCAUCAAACGAUUUGAACAGAAGGGAUUCAGACUGGUGGCUAUGAAAUUUAUGCAUGCUUCUGAAGAUCUUCUGAAGCAACAUUACAAUGAUCUGAAAGACAGGCCAUUCUUCCCAGGUUUGGUUAAAUAUAUGAAUUCUGGGCCUGUAGUAGCUAUGGUUUGGGAAGGACUCAAUGUUGUGAAGACAGGCAGAGUAAUGUUGGGGGAAACUAACCCAGCAGAUUCUAAGCCUGGCACUAUUCGUGGUGACUUCUGCAUUCAAGUGGGCAGGAACAUCAUUCAUGGUAGUGAUUCUGUGGAGAGUGCUCAGAAAGAGAUCAACCUGUGGUUCAAGCCUACAGAACUCGUGAACUUCAAAUCUUGUGCUCAUGACUGGAUUUAUGAAUAAAUAUCCUUUCAGUGAGUUGUCGUCUUCCAACAAACAGCUCAUUCCAACCAAUAAUUUGACCUGGGAACAACUAUCACAGUUACCUUUUGUGAUUAGUGGCACUAAGAAAUAAACAUCAUGAACUAA